UUAAGUACCAUACAUAACCCGCCCGCUUAUACCUUAAAAAUCUGCCAACUCCUGAUAGAGCUCUGCCAUGCAUUGCAAUGGAAGUAGGGAACCUGCUUUAUCCCAAAUGUGGCCGAACAUCUAUUUCCAACACCUCUCAGUGCUGACCAUCCUGGCUGAGUUACUGGGAAGUUGUAAUUCAUUUGGAGAGCUGGAAUUUCUGCCUAAACCAGAGAGUAUCAGAUUAGGCAAGGUUGCUAGGACCACUCCAUUGCUACAAUGUAGUGGAUGAGGAAACUCAACCAAGAAUUUUAGAUGUGAUUCUGUUUCCCCCCCAAUGAUUUUUUUAAACGGUUGCUGAGAAACUUAAUUCAGAGACCAGCAGUUUCAGGUCCUGCAAAGUUAAGACUGAAAUCCUGUUUUCUCUGCAUUUGUUCAAGAAAAAGGGGGUUUCUGUUCCAAAAGAUCUUUUUUCAUGUUCUGAGAAACUGAACUGGGGUAAUGUGGCGGGAAUAAGUACUUUUGCCAUAAUUUUGCUACCUGUUGGGGUCACCAGAGAUGGGGUCACUGUUUGACUGGUGGAUUGUAAAACCUUUAAAGGGGCCACUUGCAGCCCUGCCAGGUGGCCAGGCAGACCUCAGGAUGAAGUGGGAAAGAUGCAAAGUGGGGGUGGGUGGGAACUGCGGUGGUGCUUUCUCCCCUGAGCAGCCGUCGGAUGGGCAUAACACGGUUUCCCCGGGCAACCGUCUGCAGAAACGUCAGCGGCCCUGAACGUCUCUUGCUCCGAAGAGGAGCCAGCAAAUUCAGAGCACCACCCGGCUGGUUUCCGCAUCUCGUCCGCCGAGUCCGGGCUGGCUGAGCAGCUCGGCAAAGGAAACAGCGAAAGCUAAGCAUCCCCAACGCUGCCGCCCGCCGGUUUCCACCCCUACCCUCCUCCGCCUCCCCGCAAAAGCGGCCUGCCCGGGAAGGAGUGCGGGUCCCCGGCUGGAGGGAAAGCAGGCAGCGAUCCAAAGCAUCCCCGUAUAGUUCCGCUUGCCUUCCAAGUUGCCGCGAGACGCGUGCAGAGCCGAAGCGGGGCGCUUUUUUCCAGCAGCCGCGCCGCAGUUCUCGGACAGCCGGCUUCUCCGUCCCCAGAAUGCGGCGGGAGCCCAGCCUUCCAGGGCUCGACGAGGCCUGAGCCACCUAUCCGCGGAAGCCGCGCCGAAACCCAACACGCCGCUCAUCCCGGGCGCCUGAGGUGGCCGCUGCUUCCCACCAUCCCCCUUGGCCCUUUCGGGAAGGGGCUCGCCUUGCUCGGGCUGGGAAUGCGCCUUCCCGCGCCGGCUGCCCAUGGAGGAGGUGGCCUCGCUGAACAACGUUUCUGCCGCGGCCGGCAAUGGAAGCGCGGGGAGCGAGGCGGGGACGGCGCCCUCGGACCUCGUGGAGGCGGCUUGGUGGGGCUGGUCUGGGGCGGCGCUGGUCUCGCAGGGCCUGUUGCUCCUCGCUAUCUUCGCGCUUUCUACGCUGGGCAACGGCGCCGUGGUGGUCAUCAUCGCCCGGCACCGGCAGCUCCGGACCGUCACCAACGCCUUCGUGCUGUCGCUGUCGCUCGCCGAACUGCUGGACGCCCUUCUGUGCCUGCCCUUGGCCUUCGUCAGCCUUCUCAAUGGGCGUCCCAACGGGGCCUGGCUCUUUGGGCGCCGCCUCUGCUUGGCCAGCGCCACCCUCCACGCUGGCUUGGGCAUCGCUGCCACCCUGACCAUGGCCCUGCUCUCCUUUGACCGCUACUGUGCCAUUGUCCGCCAGCCGCUGCAUAAAAUGGGCCGCCGGAGAGCCACGCAGCUCCUGGUUGCUGUGUGGUUGGCCGCCCUGGGCUUCUCAGGGCCUUGGUACCUGCUGGCCCAGGAGGAGGAGGAAGAGGAGGAGCAGCCUGUUGGGCCAGGCCCCCCUGCUUCCUACCAUUGCAUGUAUGUGUUACCUUGGGGCUCUUCCCAUUUGGGUCCCCCUUAUAGUGCAACCUUAAUUGUCCUCUGCUACCUGCUGCCCUUCGCCCUCAUGUGCUUCUGCCACUACAACAUCUGCCGGGCAGUGCGGCUGACCGAGAGCAGGGUUCGCCCACUCACCACUUAUGGGCACCUCCUGCGUUUCUAUGGUGAGAUGCGCACAGCCACCACCGUUCUGAUUAUGAUUGUCUCCAUCAUCUGCUGCUGGGGCCCUUAUUGUAUAUUAGGCUUGGCUGCUGCGACGGGACACUUCUCCUUUUCCCCAGCCAUAGACACUGUGGCAAGCUGGUUGGCCUGGGCCAAUGGUGCCAUUAACCCCCUCAUCUAUGCCACCCGCAACCCUAACAUUUCUCUUCUUCUCGGACGCAAUCGGGAAGGAGGCUAUCGGGCUCAAAACCCAGUGGCUGCCUAUUUGGCAGCUGCUCAGGGUCAUCGGCUGGAGAGCAAGAACCGGGCAGAACGCUAUGCCAGCUAUGGGCAUGGCAGCGGGGGCAAUGUAAGGAAUAACCUGACCUGCUCCAGUCCAGGCACUAGUAGAGAAGUGGCUAUGUGGGCUUUUAAGAACCCAGCUGUGCUUUUCUGCCGUGAUGCGCAACCGGGUUCAGCAUCUGAAGUGGGCUUGCCACACAAAUCAGGCAACGUUGAUACUUGCCUCUAAAUCAAAAUGACUACAUGAAUUGGAAUUAGUUUGGUGGCAAAACCUAUGUUAAUCAAAUGUAUGUUACCUGAUGGGGAGAAUAAUAGAUCUUGGAAAAUAGGCAUGUGAAGCAAAGGGAUCAAAUUAAUUCCUGGUCUUCUGAAUCUCACCACUUCUGCUUUUUAAUGGUUUAUGGCAAUUUGAUUUUUGCCAUGUCUGGUCUCCUUGGGAGCAAGAGUUAAAAGCUAUUGGCAAAGCAUGAAGUAAAAUGGGCUGGAUUUGAACAUUUACUAGUUGAUGAUUUAACAAUGCUAUAUGGUGAUAUGACAAUGCUUAUAUCCAAAAGGCACACUGGCCAAGCACAUGUUAACCUAGUGUGUUGCGUGAACUAGAAAACUGGAUUGAGAAAAUCAUGGCUUAAUAUGCUGGGCAAACAUAAUCUGGGGGACUAGCCAACUAGCACUGAGCUAAAGGAUAACUCAAAAAUGGCCAUACUAGAGAAACUAGAGAUGUCUCAUUUGCAGAACAACAAAAAAAAAGAGGUGAAUCACUUGGGAAAGAUGAGCAUUAUAAGAUCACAAUACUAGACUUGAUAUGUAAAAGAAAAUAUUACUCAUCGUUAAGUCUGCUGUCACAAACACCGUGGAGUAAGCUGGUCUGUUGAUGAUGAAGUAGCAUUUUUACAGUAAUGAAAUAUCACAGAAAAAAUGUACUUCUAAAUUUUACCCAUUUAUAGUGUGCUUUUUUGACAGUUUAUUGCUAAUGUACCUUCAAAAAUAUUUUGUAUAGUUGAAAACAAAUAUAAGACUAUCCAGCAAAAAUUUGAAACCACUGAUAAAGCUUCCAGUGAUUUCAAUAGGUGACAUUUGCAGCACAAUUGUAUGCGUUCCUCAAAAGCCAUAUGUGUAAUUAAUUCUCAUUGAAAUCAGUGGGUCCUGAAAUUGCUUAUGUGGACGAUGCCAUGUUAAGAGUAUUUUCCUUGAACUCUUGUACUGGCUAAUAUCAAGUGAGAAUCAGUUGUAGUCUGGUGUCAUCUAAAUCGAAUGAAUGAAUUAAUGAAUGAAUGAAUGAAUGUUGGAUUAACUUCUAAGAGUUCAUCCAGACCUGUAAUGCUAUGAUUUUUAAGAACUCAAAUUCCUAUUUGCGACAAAAGUACAUUCCUAUUUGUGACAUUUUCUGAUUUACUGCACUGUAAUGUUUGUCUGGAGUGGACCAUGGAUUUUUCCACAGAAGCAUUUUUUAGCCUUAGUUUUACACAACACAGUAAUCGUUAUAUUGAGAACUUCGGAGUUUCAUUGAAUGGAUGGAUAUGAUUAUGAGUAUUAUCCUUCUAAACCAGGGAUGUCAAACUUGA